AUGGAUAACGCCGGUGGAUGGGAGAAGAGCUGGGAAGCAGGAGCAACUCCAUGGGACUUGGGAGGACCAACUCCGAUCAUCUUGCAUCUCUCUGACACUUGUUCAUUGCCUAAAGGCAGAACUCUUGUUCCUGGUUGUGGAACCGGUUAUGAUGUGGUGACUAUGGCCUGCCCUGAUCGUUAUGUAGUUGGACUGGACAUCUCAAAAACUGUGGUUGAGCAAUCAUCAAAGAGAUUUUCCUCUCUGCCCAACGCAAAAUACUUCUCUUUCUUGAGUGAAGACUUCUUCACUUGGGAGCCAGCUGAAAAAUUCGAUCUCAUUUUCGACUGUACUUUCUUCUGUACCUUUGAACCUAGCAUGAGACCUCUAUGGGGACAGCGAAUGGAAAAACUUCUGAAACCAGAUGGAGAGCUCAUAACGUUGGUGUUUCCUAUCGAUGAGCGUUCUGGAGGUGGAGGUCCUCCUUACAAAGUAUCUGUCUCUGAAUACGAGAAUGUUCUGGUUCCAUUAGGGUUUGAGGCAAUCUGUAUUGCUGAUAACCAAGUUGCUGUGAAACCACACUUGGUAAAUAAUAACAUGAAUCUUUUGGAUAAGCCUUAUGAUCAAGAAGAUAAUGUUACCUUUAGCAUCAACUUUCAGGGAUUAGAGAAGAUUCGAAUUUGGAAGAAGAAGAAAACAUCUUAGACGUUCCCCUCCCCCUUGUGCUUUUUGAUGAUGCGUUACUGAUCACUACAUAAAGCUUAUACAUAAGCUUCAAUUAAUGUAUGCUGUGUGAUGGAGAUCACUACAUAAGCUUCAAUCUAUUACUGAUUCCACUGCAGGUAAUCUAAACUUGUAUGGACCGUUGAAAUAAAUAUUUGUUCAAUGUGUGUAAUUGUAUUACACAUUAGCGGUUUGUGUAGUUUGAUUUUGUUAAGUUUGUGGUUUACAUUUGUUUUGCCUUCAAGUGUUUCGUUAUAUUAUAUACUAUGUGCGAGCUCUUAU